GCUUCUGUCCUGUGGUGGCCACCAACAUUACCCUCAACCUCACUUCACUUGGCCCCUGCAUGAUCCUGACUUUUAACGAGAACUGCCACGACUGGUGCGAUGAAAGCAAGUUGUCUUGCACACUGCUUCCGCACCCGCCGAUUGGCAACUACUCGGAGCGGCAAGGUCACAUGGUGGGAUUCUUCCGAGAUCCUGAUCAGCGGAUAGUGUCGGGAUAUCAUGGUGGUGGGGAAAAAUUUGCAGAUGACAGGCGCUUUCACUUGGAUGCCGCGGGCAUAGGUGCGUUCGCUACUCUUCCGUGCAAGCCGCUAGAUGAUGCAGUGCCAUUGCCAAAAGUACCCCUGCUGGAAUUUGCGGAGGCGUGGAAAGGAGGCAUGACGUAUCAGCUGGUGACAGAAGAUGACCAUGGAAUUCCCACAGUUCUGCCGAAUCGCCCUAAAGUGACACAAGCAGAUGGCGUGCAGGCGGCACGGAGAGUGCGGGAGGGCUUUGCCUUCGUGGGCAUCACGGAGGAGUGGGACUUGUCUAUCUGCUUGUUCCACAAAAUGUUUGGCGGCCUAUGUGUGUUUUCGGAAUUCCAGGAUAUACGCCCUACCUUUCCGGGAAAGUCUGCGAACACCGAUUACAAUACCUCCGAGCUGAUGGCUUGGCAUGAUGAUAUUGAUGAGAUCGUAUAUGAAGCUGCGCUGGAGGUGUUUCACAAAAAUCUUGUUCUGUACAAUGUUUCUCAUGAGACGUGCCAGGAGUGCUACCGCAAUGCUGGAAAGGAAGAACUUCCUUGA